AUGUAGGCUGACUGUAGUUCACAUGUCAGUGGACUUCACCUCCAGUGAGUGGAGAGAGAGGAACCAGUGAUCAUGGCUGAAGAUGUGCCAGUGUCAGAGGAGACUUUAACUAGUGGUCUGACUUUGUUGAUGAACUGGAGCAAAGUCCUCCUGCAGGAAGCCAAGAAGGACUCAGAAGAAUCCCUGGAGGAUUUUGUCCCACACAAGAUCAGCACUUUGUUUGGCCUGAUCACAGCCGGGACUGAUUUCUAUAAAGGCCUUGGAGUGAAGAAGUGGAGUGAAGCAGAGGCCAUAUGGACAAAGUCCUAUCAUCAUGCAGCAGUGAGAGAGCAGGUGGAGGAGCUUCUGCAGCUGGAGACUGAGUGGGACUCGUUCCUGGAGGGUGUGGACAGAGACCUGCAGACGUCAGACAGACAGCUCUCUGGAGGACAGACGGCAGACAGACUCCGCCCUGACACUGAGCUAAUUGAUGCACGGAGCGACAAGAGUACCACUCUGGGUCAGUACCUGGGUCAGGGUCAGAAGCUGCUGCUGGUUCUCAUCAGACAUUUUGGAUGACUGCCGUGACGAGACCACAUGGCCGAGCUGGAGGCUAGUCAGGCUCUCCUAAAUGCUCGGUCAGUGAAGGUCUUGGUGGUCUCUUUUGGCGGUGUGGAGGGAGCCAAACUGUGGUUGGAGCAAACUGGAUGUACCUUCGACAUGCUGCUGGAUCCACAGAGAAAGAUUUACAGGAGUUUUGGCCUCGGCUCGUCCUACGCUAAGGUUUUGAAGUUCCGCUGCCUGAUGCAGUACUCAGAGUACGGAGCUGUGGGCAUCGACUUCCCUGACGUCCCCCCUCGCCUGAUGGAAGAUAUCUAUCAGAUGGGCGGUGACUUCUUGCUGGACGAAGCAGGGAAAGUUCUCCUCUGUCAUCCGUCUAAAAACCCUCACGACAGGCCGACGGUGAGCGACAUCCUGCAGGCUGUGGAUCCAGCGAAGCUGUAGAAGAUGUGUGAACGCUGGAGACACUGGGUUCUUUUUAAAACUGUUUAACGCAGCACUGACACCACAGAGGACGAGCGGCUCUUUGACUCACAUUUAUGACGUCACGACUCGCACUCAUGGCACCAUGAAGAGAAGUGACCGAUGCUGAAACUGUGAAGCAAAGAGAACUCCUUUCCUUUCUUGUGUCAGUGCUGCAGCGUUGGCAUUUUUAAAUAAGAGGCACUUCUACUGCAGGAGAAAUGUAAUUCAGGUGGAGUUAAAAUAAUGUAGUUUACUAGAAAUGAUCACUAAUCUCUCUCUCAACAUGGAAAACAAAUAACGGUUAUUACAUAUCAUCAUAUUGUGAAGUUUUAUGAGCAGAAAUUGCUAUACAUAUGAAUUUUUCAGACUUUUCUAGUUUGGGAAAUAGAUCUUUUUUUACAUGUUUCAGUUAUUCUGACACUACGAAUGCAUCACAACUACUGAUCACAACUCCUUCAUGUGCCUGGUUCCAGUCAAGGAAACAACAUUUAAUGCUGCUGCAACCUUUUAUCUUUUAUAGAACAAGCGCUUUGAGAUUUUAAUAGAAAGAAAUGUGAUUAAUACUGUGCUACAGAUCUACUCUUUUUAUAUCUAUGAAUGAAAUAAGCAAUUAAUGUGAUUCUCCAUGAACUGUGAGAGAAAAUAAGUCAUGAUGGUGUGGUGAUUAUGUGGAGUAGGGCUGGGUAUCAAACUUAAACCGAGGUGAACAUGUCAGAAAGAAGUACCUAAAGAAGUCUGGGAACAAAAGUUGCCAUGAAAUAUCUGGCCAACUUUUGACUUUACAAAGACAGUGGCCUUGCGAAUUAAGCAUGCACCCCAUGUACAGAGGCUAUAGCCCUCGUUGCAGCAGUCCCUUCUUCAACUUUUGGCCUUCCUGUUUGAAAGGCCUCAAGAACAUGUUUAUACCUCUCAAAGCAGAGUAACAACAGAGGCUAAGAUCUGUUUGAUACCCAGCCCUAACGAGGAAGAAAAUGAGUCCUUUACCUCCUGAAAAUGUUCAACUGAUCAAAAAAUGAUUUUGUAAGCCAUGUCAACUUUUAGUAAAGAUUUAUGAUGAACAUUUA